GCCGGAGGCGGGGGCGGGCGUGGGCGCGGGCGCGGGCGGCGGGGCGAGGCGGGGCGGGGCGGGGCGGGGGCGCGGACACCCGAGCUGGGCGGGCUGGGCGGCAGGGGGCGCAGCGGCCAGACAGCGGUUGGCGGGGACCCUGGUCCUCCCCGGCGUCGGCCCGCGCCCCUACCCCUCGACCCCUGGCGUCGGGAGCUCGGAGCCCCAGAAACCGGAGGCGGGACCCCUAGCCCGACGCCCGCGGAGGCCGCUUCCCGCGAGGCCGCCGGGUCCUGGGCUGCGCUGACCGCGUCCCCGUGGACCGGUGAUCCGGGUUUGUUCCCGUCGUCGUCGCCCGAGCAGUCGGGGCGCAGUCGCGGCGCCAGCUUCCCCACGACGACCGUGCCGCCGUCGCGACAGCGUGACCGACGCGCUCCCGCGGUCCGACGGGGCCGGGCGGUGUGGACGCCGUCCUACCCGACCCCAAGAAGCGCGCCCCGGCAAUGCAGUUUCUGCCCCAAAGCCACGUGACCGAGGUCUCGGCCGCCGCGUCCUGCCGAAUUCCAGGGCUCCUGGAAGGAAAUAAAGUCUGGACUAUCCAGAAAGGCUCUUCUCCUGGCGCGUGCACACCCCCGCCCCGCGUAUUCCUCCCCAAGGCGGAGCACGCAGAUGUGUUGGUGCGUCCGCUGAACCGGGUGGUCCCCCCGCAGCAUCGGCCCCAAAGGCACCUCCCAGCCCCUCUUGCAUCGCCCGUGCUCUCCAAGGCCUCAGAGCAGAGGUCUGCGGGGCUCGGGGGCUGACUCCUGGUUCUUGGCAGGCCUGCCCUGACAGCGAUCACCGGCCAGUGAGGAUCUGGAUGUCUGCAGCUCACGUCCUGGAGGGCCAGACCCUGUGCUCCAGAACAUGGCACUCCAGCGCGCCGUUCUCCUGGCCGGCCUCCUGGUGGAAGUUGCCAGCAAGUCCUCAGACAGUGCGGGCCAGCAGCCUGAGUGUUGUGUGGACGUGGUGGACGUCAAUGCCACCUGCCCAGGCACAAGCCUGUGUGGCCCAGGCUGCUACAGGCACUGGAACGAGGACGGGAGCAUCAGCUGUGUCCAGUGCAGGAACGGAACCUACAACAGUUCCGAGUGCAGAGGCCUUGCUGGCCGGGGUGUACAGUUCCCGGUGAACAGAAGCACAGGGACGCCUGGGCGGCCAAAUUUCAGGGGCCCUCAAGUGGCAGCCUCCCUGUUCCUGGGGACAUUCUUCGUCAGCUCGGGCCUCAUCCUCUCCGUGGCCGGGUUCUUCUACCUCAAGCGUGCCAGUAGGCUCCCCAGGGUCUUCUACAGGAGAAACAAAGUCCCUGCCCUGCAGCCUGGAGAAGCUGCUGCGAUGAUCCCCCUGCCGCAGUCCUCAGUGCGGAAGCCGCGCUACGUCAGGCGUGAGCGGCCCUCGGGCAAGGACACAGGCCCCACUGCUGUCUCCUUGGUGGAGGCCCGGGUCAGCAACGUGUGAGCUGGAGGCCCACCUGAACUCCACACGCCACCUUGGAGGAAGCCCAGCACAUAGAAGGCAGCACUGCCCAGUGAGGCCUCUGGACGGGCCUGGACACAGCCCCUGGCUCAGCUCAUCCGCCUCCCAGUGACCAAUGCUCAGUGGAAAUAUGCCCGGUGUUCUACAGGUGACUCCUCCCUGCCCACGGCCUCUCGGGGUGACUGACAGGAACAGGUGACCCUGUGACAGGCUCAGCCCUCAGGAGACUGUGAGCUCCCAGCGCCCACAGUCUGCAGGCCUGCCAGGCUGCCUGGUGCCUGGCAGAGCUGCAGCCGGCCACCUCACCCCUGGGAGCCCACAGUGGGCAGAUGCCCCUGCACCACUAGGCCACAUGGCCCCCUGGACCCUUCUGAGAGGAGAGAGGCCGAGGCCUACGGGUGUUCCAGCUGGUGCCGGACAGGGUGGGGUGGGGUCUGGGGACUGAGGUGCCCACAGGGCUGUCCUAUGGCUGAGACCCCUGAGCCUGCGACCACCUGUUUCCAGGAGCUGGAGAAGCGAGUUUCCUGGUUUCAUACUGACUUGUGUCUGUUUUUAGGCAGAAAUGCAUUUUGUAGAGAAGUCUGAGUGGCACUGCCAUCCUCGGCCCCCUGCCCCUGCCCCCAUGCCUGGGCCCCAGGCACUGCUAUCCUCGUCCACCAAGGGACUACACUAGCCUGAAGCUGUGGGAGGUCAAGGCCAGCCCCCACUGGGGUGUGUCCACCCAGGGUCACAUUUCCCUGUGACUGCCGCCUGCACCAUCAGGUUUUGCUGGACCCAUGGAGGCCAUGCUGGCUGCUGGUCCUGCUGCCCCAGGCCUCAAGGUGCCACCCUGCACGUCUUCAACCUUGACUGGUUGCUGAUGGCCGUGGUUCCUGUGGGGAGAGGAGCGUUCGCCGCCACCUCCUGUGCCCGGGGCCUCGCUGGCUACUUCCCAGGUUCUCAGCCACCACCAGCGUGUUCUCUUGCAGCGUCUGGUCCACAUCUGAGGGGCCCGAGGCGGACCUGCGUGGUCAGCCUCCCCUGCUCUGCAUCAUGAUGCCUGUCUCAAGCAUUUAGUAUCUGCAUACGCGCUUGUUCUUGAAGACCGAGCCAGUGACCUGGCCCAGCAGCUGAGGGCACCAGCUUGGUCAGUGCCAGGCGAGCCCUUCAGGGCGCUCUCUUCCGGGCCUUCUAGCCCGCCCAGGGCCAUCUGUUCCUGAGUGAGGGUGAAGCCCCACCCAGGCCCACUGCCCAGGGCAAGGAUCGGCACCCCUGCCCUGUCACUCCUCCUGGGCCUGAGAGCCUGCGCCUCUGCCAGGUAGAGCCACAC